ACUUUGAAAUCUGAAUCAGAAUUGUAAUAAUUUGAAGUUGUUCAUACUUCAUAUUUAUUAAUAUUUAAGUUAUCUGGAAUUCGUUUUAACAAUUGGAAUUUACAGUGGUUUUAUUAUUACUUUAUACAGUCUAGUAACAAAAAAAUGCAUAUUAUUUUGAAAUAUUUUUUUCAAUAGUGUAAUUCUGGUAGUAAGAAAGUAUGAAUUUUCUAUUGGAAGAGAGUACAACAGAACAAGUACCUGUGAGACUUAAUGAUAUAGUAAAACAGUUAUUAUUUUGGAAAGAACCAAUAGAUUUGAGGCAGAAAGAUCUCUUUUUUAUUUUAAUUGUGGUUUUAAUGCUAGAGAAUGGUUUUUCUCCAGUAACACAAACAAGCAGUGGCCAGUUGGAAUAUAAUAGUCAAGCUUUAAAGGAACAGCUCUUUGAUCAGAAAACUGAUACAUACAGAGACACAUUCAUACUGUCUGGACUCCAUGAUAUUGUUGUGGACAUUAUAAUGAGUCCUUUAGGGUCUGCUACAAUUGUUAAUGCAAUUGUAAAUAAUAAAAACUCUGAAAUUUAUUCAGUGUGCCUUCCAGUUAGCCGAUAUGUUGUCUCACCACAAGCUUCAACAAUACCAAUGAUGUUUAGAGAUUUAAAGCAUUUAUCAAAUAUUUUUAGAAAUAAAAUUGUUGCCCCAGUGAAGAGCAGCAUACUUAGUUACUGUGGCUAUCCCAGCGCUAGUUUAUUGGGUAUUCCUGAGGACACAUUUUUUUCUAUAAUGAUGUUGCUUGACACAACAGACAUUCUAAAUGUACUGAAAACAUGUAAAAGAAUAAAAGCUAUAAUUGACAGCCCCUGUUUUUGGCAUUCAUUAUUCAAAAGGGAUUUUGGAAGUAUAGAGCAUAGUGAGGAUAUCAAUUGGAAGCAGCAGUACAAAGAAAAGUAUGAGGAUCAACAGAGUAAAAAACCCAGUUCAGCAGGGACGAUGCAUGACUUUAUGGAUGUCUCAGAUAUGGUCUCUUAUAUUGAUAAUCCCUUGUGGGAAAUUAUUUAACAAUUGUAUAUUAUAAUUUUUGAAAUUAAACAGUUUUCUAUUAA